UUAAAUGUGUGGUUUACCAGUACAGGAAAGAGUUUUUCUUCUUUCUGACAAGAAAAUGUUUCUAUGUCUUCUCUUGCCAGGAAAACGUUUCCCUCGUGGUAUUGUUAGGACACUUCAAUAAUAAUGCAGUGAGCAAAGAGCCAAAUACUAAAUUCCGUUUUAUAUAUUUUUCAGAGAGGGAAAAAUUAUCCUCCACUGAUUUUUGGGAAUGAAAGCACAGUGACAUUAAAUCCAACCGGCGGUCAGAAGAAUAAUAAAGCUCGAAAAAAUCGCGCUCUCUCUCUCUCUUUCUAUCCCAUGCCUGCUCUCCUCUCCAAAUCCUUUCUCUUUCUGCACCCAAAAUCCAUUUCUCACUCUUCGAUGGCCAUAAGCGCUAAAGCUCGAUUACGCGGUGUCGUUUUCGACAUGGACGGAACCCUAACGGUCCCCGUAAUCGAUUUCGCCGCAAUGUACAAGAGCGUGCUCGGAGAAGACGAGUAUCGCAGAGUCAAAGCAGAAAAUCCUUCAGGGAUUGAUAUAUUACAUCAUAUUGAGAGUUGGAGUGCCGAUAAGCAACGCAAGGCUCUUGAAAUUAUCACUGAUUUUGAGCGCCAAGGCCUCGAUCGCCUCCAAAUCAUGCCUGUUAUCUACGGUGCAGGCGCAGUAGAGCUCUGUGGGUUUCUCGAUUCAAAGAAAAUCAGAAGAGGAUUAAUUACUCGAAAUGUGAUGGAAGCAGUUGAUCUUUUCCAUUUAAAAUCCGGGAUGAUAUUUUCACCAGCAUUAAGUAGAGAGUUCCGUCCUUAUAAACCAGACCCAGCUCCUCUCCUGCAUAUCUGUUCAAUGUGGGAAGUUCAGCCUAAUGAAGUCAUGAUGGUUGGUGAUAGCCUCAAAGAUGAUGUAGCUUGUGGGAAACGAGCUGGAGCAUUCACAUGCUUACUUGAUGAGAAAGGGAGGUACAGCUCUCAUGAUUUUACCAAUUUGGAUCUACAGCCAGAUUUUACAGUUUCUUCCCUUGCUGAGAUUCAUUCACUAUUGGAGUCAAAUUUUGAUUUGAUGCCAUGAUUUUUAGUUAUUGAUGAAGAGUUAGAUUACGCUUUACCUGUAUCAUUUUAGAUUAGAACAAAAAGAUUCCUAAUGUAAAGUGGUGGGGAACAAAAGCCAAGAAAUCAACAAAGCAUAAGAAGAGAAUCAAGAGGCUUCUUGACCUUUGUUUCCUGAAAGGAGAAACAGAGCUGACUUCACUCUGUUUUUGUUGUUGUGGUAUUGGAUGAUAAAGUAUUUCAAACCUGUAUUAAUGUGUAGUAUAUAUUCGUAUUUUAGA